UUACCCCGAGGAGCAGCCGAGCCCACCCCGCGCUCGUUACCCCAGGGAGGAGCCGAGCCCACCCCGCGCACGUUACCCCGAGUAGGAGCCGAGCCCACCCCGCACUCGUUACCCCGAGGAGGAGCCGAGCCCACCCCGCGCUCGUUACCCCGAGGAGGAGCCGAGCCCACCCCGCGCUCGUUACCCCAGGGAGGAGCCGAGCCCACCCCGCGCUCGUUACCCCGAGGAGGAGCCGAGCCCACCCCGCGCUCGUUACCCCGAGGAGCAGCCGAGCCCACCCCGCGCUCGUUACCCCGAGGAGGAGCCGAGCCCACCACCCGGUACUUACCCCGAGGAACCGAUGGUGGUUGAGACCGUCGGCGACGCUACCACGACCCAGGUACCCUACGAGGGGGAGAGUGGAAGUAGCCCGGGGGCAGCUGACCCCAGCCUGGCUGCAGCACUGCCAGAGCCCAUGUCAGUGUGUUGCGGCCGGGAUCCCCACUGACAGCAGCGAGUCUCUGCCGCUGCCAGGGCCCCGGGCUGGGAUGUAGUGGAGUGGGAGGACCUGCGUCCCCCUGCCGCCCACUCCCCCUUUUCCCUGGCCUGGAGAGGCUGGGACCUCCCGAUAUUGGAACUACUGACAGCCCCUGCCUAAGGGCCUGGGUCUCUGACGGCUUGUUCGCUGCCUCGCCCUGACCUAGGGCCUGGGCGGCUAUCGGAACUAUUGGCUCAGCCCCUGCUGAAAGGUCUGAGCCCCUGACCGUGUGCCGGCCGACCCACACUGCCGCAGAGCCGGCGGACUAGAGCCAGGCGGUGGGAUACCCCACAGCCCCGCUGAGGGACGCGCCACGGCAAAGCCGCACCACAGGGCCCCACACUUUCCCUGACCACCUCCUUGUUGCUAACAUACCUGCAGAAACCCUCCUUGUCACCCUACACAUCCCUUGCUAGCUGCAACUCCAAGUGUGCCUUGGCCUUCCUGAUUACACCCCUGCAUGCUGAGCAAUAUCUUUAUACUCCUCCCUAGUCAGCUGGCCAAGCUUCCACUUCUCCUAAGCUGCCUUUCUGAGUUUAAGCUCAACGAGCUUAAGCCAAGCUGGUCGCCUGCCAUAUUUGCUGUUCUUUCUGCACAUCGGGAUGGUCUGUUCCUGCGCCCUCAGUGAGGCGUCUCUAAAAUACAUCCCUGACCCCAGGGCAACUUGCCGCCAAAUGUCAGGUCCCUGUUCCUCAGCCUGGCGGCACUGACACAUCCACAGCGUGGUUGUGAGCCAGCCUAGCCCCUCCUCCCCCCGGCUGAACCGCAUGUGAUUGGCGGGAGACCCGGUGAGAUGCCACAGUACCAGGUGGGUUUUCUGGUGGAGACACUCCGGUCCCGCUUUCCGGCUUCUGUCUGCAAACGUGGCACCUUUGUGGAAAUGGAAGCCGAGAUUUUCCGCAACCUCCUGCCCGAGCAGCUGGGGCUAAAGCGGAGCAGCAAAGAGCCCCAGGUUUGUGACACACCAGCGAGAACUGAGGACAGACAUGAUGCCCAGCUCAGCUGUGUCAGCAGAUGUGGAUUGGGGCAGGCACCGGGCCAGGGAGAUUUUGGCCUGAAUGGGUGAAAUUUGGCCACUGAGAAUGGGGUGUUGCCAUGGGAAGCGUCUUGCAGCUGUUCCCCUGGAGUCACUGCCAGUCCCCCAGCUGGAACCCCUGGGGCCGGCAGAGACAGAGCCCGGCACUUGGCGAGUGGACGCGGGGCCGCCUUGACCAUGCCAGGCGAACGGGGCCAGAGCCAGAGCAGAAUGGCUGGGUGGAGAGGCCAGGGCAGCGGCUGGAGUCGGACAGUUCCUGGGCCCGGCUGGGCCAGCGUCCCAGUCCCCACACCAGGGUCCCAGAGGAGCUCCCUGGGCCUGGCAUCCCGGGUGGUGCCAGUCUGCAGGAGGGGCAGGAAAUGGAGCAUGUGCCAAUGGGCCUGCUCAGGGACGGAUGGGGGCCCCGUUCGGGCAGGGCCCUGGGGAGAGACACUGCCUGGGGGGAGGGGACAGAGACCUGUUUGGGGCUGGGUAGGUCCCUGGCUGGCAGGGCCCUCCCGUCUCCCUGGGCAGACAGGCUAUGGGCCUGGCCAGCAUCUGCCCUUCGUCUCCUCAUGCUGCGAGGGGCUCGGCAGGCCCCAGCCCUCCUCCAGAGGGGCCUGACCCCCAGAGCCGCAGUGGGGAGCCAGGCCUGCCUUUCCCUGCAGGAGUCUCACCAGACCGCGGCCAACUUCCGCCUCUACGUGGAGAACCGCACACGGCACCUGGACGAGGUGAGCCGCCGGCACGUCCGUGUCUACCAGCUGUACAGCCGCAGCAGCAGCGGGCACCUGCAGGUCCUCGGCAAGCGGGUCCGUGCCAAUGGGGAGGACGGCAACAAAUACGCGCUGCUGGCCGUGGAGAGCGACACCUUUGGGAGCCACGUUCGCAUCAAGGGCAAGGAGACCGGCUACUACGUCUGCAUGGACAGGAGGGGGAAGGUGCUGGGCAAGCUGGACGGGCGGAGCCAGGGCUGCCUCUUCGUGGAAGAAGUCCUGGAGAACAACUACACGGCUUUCCUGUCAGCCCGGCACCGGGGCUGGUACCUGGGCUUCACCCGCCAGGGGCGGGCACAGCGGGGGCCGCGCACCCACCGCACCCAGGGCGAAGGGCACUUCAUGAAGAGGCCCCCCAAGGGCACCGGGGGCGAGGGGCAGAGCCCGUUCCGCUUCACCGUCCUCACCCCGCGGACCUAGAGGCAGGGGCCCGUGCCCAGCCGGUGCCCCCAGGCCAUGACCCGCUCACACGGCGAGGAGACGGGCUCCCAGCAUGCAGUUCUGCUUCAGCCACGCCAUGGGGGCGGGACACAGGCGCUGCCCCACAUGCCGGCAAGCGAAGCGGUGCCUGCUGGGAACACCGGUCCCAUGGGCUGGACACGGGAGAAGGCGUGUGUGGUCCCACAGCGCAGGGCAUGGGCUGGGCCAUGCUGCCCCACAGCCUGUGGUAGGCAGGUCACCCCCAUGCUGCACUGGGCCAGGCCCUGCCCCACAGCCCUGACAGGGGGGUCACCCUACAUGCCACACAGGGGCCAGGCCCUGCCCCAUAGCCCUGACAGGGGGGUCACCCCACAUGCUGCACGGGGCCAGGCCCUGCCCCACAGCCCUGACAGGGGGGUCACCCCACACGCUGCACGGGGCCAGGCCCUGCCCCACAGCCCUGACAGGGGGCUGGGCCCUGCCCCACAGCCCAUGACAGGGGGCUGGGCCCUGCCCCACAGCCCAUGACAGGGGGGUCACCCCACACGCCGCACAUGGGCUGCCCCACAGAGGGCUGGUUUCGUCCUGCCAGAGGGGCAGGCACAGGGCACCAGGCUGCUGUUAAUUAUUGUUACUAGGACUAGUUGGUGGGGUUAAUUUAAUUAAAUAUUGCUGUGC